AUGGACGCGCCCCGUCGCUGGUCGUCGCGCCCGCCGCCGAAGGGCGCCGCCGGCUGCAGCGCCCCGCCCCCGAAGCCCGCCGCCGAAGCCCCGCCGCCGAAGCCCGCCGCCGGCCGUCUCGCCCGGCCGUCUCACCCUGCCGCCGAAGCCCGAGGCCGGCCGUCUUGCCCCACCGCUGACGCCCGCCGGUGGCCGCCGCGCCCCACCACCAGCCCCCUGCGCCGGCCGUCGGCGGGACGGCCGCAGCGGGACGAGAGCCUGGUGGCUCUGGGGGCCAAGAUCCUGCAGCAGGUGCUCGUCACGCCGCCGGCCGGGGGCGGCCUCACUAACGACGCGUUCCUCGGCGUGCGGUCCGCGCCCGCCGACAUCCGCAGCAUCUUCCCCAUCGGGAAGCUCUAG